ACAGCGCGCGAUGCACUCUUAAUGAUAGUGUGUGAUGACUUUGAUGUUUUAAUUAAGUGAUGCGCGUUGGAUCUAACGAAUGCUUCCGAAAGGCAUCAAUUAUGACACUGUGCCCCGUGCUAUAGAAGAUGCAUCGUAAACUAUAGAGUGGGUGUAUAAUUUGCUCGACAGGUGGAAAUGAUACUCUCGCCAAAAUGAUUCGGCAACUAUCAAGUAUAAAUUCGAAACAAUUGGCUCGUUGAUGGUUAUUUCCUUCCUUUUUGGCGACUUUUGCCAUGGGUACUAAAAGGAAAAAAAUCUUUCCAAACUAACUAUUCAGCGAUGAAUAGACAAGAUGGAACGGUUUACGUUUGUGAUACUGGUGUUAUUUUUGAAGCUGCUCGGACCCAGUGAUGGAGCGAUGACGAUGAAGCAGCUCAAAAAUUCACUGGAAAUGAUGCGAAAGGCUUGUGCGCCAAAAUUUAAAGUGGAUGAUGCAAGCUUGAACGAAUUGACAGCAGGAAAUUUCCGAUCCGAUCCCGACCCCGAACUCAAAUGCUACACGGUGUGCAUAGCACAGAUGGCAGGAACGUUGACCAAAAAAGGCGAAAUAAGCCUGUCGAAAACAACGGCACAGAUCGACGCCAUGCUUCCGAAUGAAAUGAAACCGUUUGCGAAAGAAGCCAUGACCGCCUGCAAAGAUGCACAGGCUGGAUACAAGGAAACUUGCGAUAAGAUUUACUACUCGGUAAAAUGCGUUGCAGAGUUCAACAAAGACGCCUUUUUGUUCCCAUAAAACUGAUGAUGACCCGGCUAAUGAUCGAUGACCUUCUUCAAACAUAAAUUUGUGGGCAGGCUCUUCAAUGUUUUUAUCUAGUUUUUCACCUUGAAAUGUAUUGUUUGUAAUUGUUGUUAGUACUUAAAUAAAUGCCACACACACAA